CUUCUCCUAUGGAUAACCAAGAAGAAGAUCCCAAGCAACCUCCAAACAAACUUCCGGAUGAUCUAACCCUCUUCGAGCAAGCAAAUUCAGAAGUUGCUCUUGCUGCCUCCCAAGCUAAUUCCCAUUUCCCCCCUCGUAUCCAUGAUUUGGCCUCCUCAAGGUUUUCCAUGAUGGAAAGUGACGGAGAAUCUGAAGAAGAAGGCGACGAAGGAAGAAAUGACAACUACUACGAGUAUUUCCAUAGCAAUGGGUUUGGAGAAUACGAAGAUGAAAUCAAUGAUUUUCUUGAGGACCAAGAAAGCAACUCUUACGUUGAGGAGGAUGAUUUCCUUGAGGAAGAAGACGAGAUUGACCCCGACCAGUUGUCUUACGAGGAACUGAUUGCACUUGGAGAAUUCAUCGGAGUUGAAAAACGUGGCCUGACGCAGACCGAAAUAUCCACGUGUCUGAAGCCAUCUAGCUACGUAUUUUCACAUAACAAAAACGAGAUUGAUCGUUGUGUGGUUUGCCAAAUGGAGUUUGAAGAAGGAGAAUCUUUGGUCAUACUCCGACUUUGUAACCAUUCGUACCACUCUGAAUGUAUAACCAAAUGGCUUCAGACAAAGAAAGUUUGUCCCAUUUGCGGCUCUGAACCAUCUCACGGAUAAAAUCUCGGAGAUAUUUCAAUCAUCGAUUAGAAACACGUCGCCAAAAUUCAUCUUCACUUUAAAAACUUGAAAAAGUUAUAUACAUUCUUCAGUUGUACUUGUCUCAUAAUCAUACAAACUUCGUCUUGAUAUCAUACAUCGCAAUUUAUACUUUUA